UGUGGACUCCACCCUGAUCCUCAGUGUUCCAGGAAAUGUUCUCCACUGCUGCUGCUCAACACUGUCUCUCCUCAGCAGGUUGAAUCCAAACCUUUACCGAACAUCUACACCGAGGAAAGUUGACGUUUCUGACCCACGGAGGGUGCGCGUGGACGCGGAAGUCUCAGCUUAAAAAAAAAAAAAAAAAAAAAAAUUACAUAUUUAUUUAUUUAUUUAUUUAAUUCAUCUGUGGGAAUAAACCCGAGCAGAAGCACUCCGAUCUCCUUCUUGGCGUCAUGUCCAGGUCAGACUACCCUCCAGGGUACAGUGACUCCCACAACCCACUCUAUGGUCCUCAGGGUGGGAACUACCCCCCACCCCCUGCCUAUGGCUUCCCAAGCUACGGGACCCCCCAGCCGGGCCAACCCUCCGCUCCGUACCCCACCGGCCCCAACGCCCCCCUGUACCCUGGCCAGCCUGGGGGCUACCCACCCGGCCCGUACCCAGGACAACCCGCUGGACCUCCUGGAGCUGGAUACCCCAGUCAACCCCCCAUGCCCCCUGUGAUCCCCCCCACCAUCCCGUCAGACGUCCUUAGCUCUGAUGAGGGGUUUGCAGCGAGCGACGGCGGCUGGGACAGUCUGAGCAUCCGACAUGCCUUCAUCAGAAAGGUGUAUCUGAUUUUGGCGGUUCAGCUCCUCAUCACCACAGGCAUCGUUUCUGUUUUCACAUUUGUCCAACCCGUUAAAUACUUUGUACGGAGAAACCCGGCGGUCUACUGGGCAUCCUAUGCCGUGUACAUCGUCACCCACCUGGUGCUGGUCUGCUGUAAGGGUCCCAGGAGGAAGUUCCCGUGGAACGUCAUUCUGCUGUUGAUCUUUACUCUGGCUUUGUCCUAUAUGACCGGAUCUGUAUCCAGUUACUAUGACACUAAAGCAGUGUUUCUCGCUAUGGCCAUCACCGUCGUCGUUUGCAUCGCCGUCACCGUCUUCUGCUUCCAGACAAAGGUCGACUUCACCAAGUGCCAGGGCCUGUUCUGUGUCCUCGGGAUCGUAACAUUCGUGACUGGCAUCAUUACAGCCAUCGUUCUGUCUUUUAAAUAUAUUUAUUGGCUUCAUAUGGUCUAUGCAGGUCUGGGAGCUAUAGUCUUCACUAUGUUCCUAGCGUACCACACGCAGCUGCUGAUCGGCAACAGGAAACAUUCCAUUAGCCCCGAGGAGUACGUGUUCGCUGCGUUGUCCAUCUACGUCGACAUCAUCCAGAUAUUCCUGUUCCUGCUUCAAAUCAUCGGUGCAUCAAAAUAAGUCAAGUACCAGUAGAGGUCAACAGGGGAUGGACAAAGACCCUGCUGUUUCACAACCAUUCCAUGAUGCUUUUUUACAUCAAAUCAGAAUAUAAAGUUACAAUGCACUCCAGAGGUAGUGUCUUAGUAGUAUGCACGUAAGACGCACUUUUAUACAGUUUUCUGGUGGUAAACGCUGAAAGGACGGUGUCUGUAGAUUCUGCUUUGCUUGUAGACGUACAAUUACACGUGAACCCUAGUGUCACGACUAGUGCUGGGCAGUAUGACCACGAGUCACCAGGGACGUUUCACCGCAUAGGUAUAUCGUAUGUUAAAUUUUUUUUUUUUUCCACAACUGCGCUUUUAAAUAGGUCUCUGAUUUUUUUUAUCCUAUAAUAUUAAUCAUGAUUUUCUUCAGGUUUCUUGGAGGCUGUGAUAGCAAUCAGAACUUAAUUUCAUUUAACAAUCUUUUGUCUCAUUACUAGAGAAGAGGAUUAGGGCAAUAUAUAUAUUUUUAUUAUCAUUCUGAGAAAAAAAGUCAGAAAUUCUGAGAAAAAAGUCAGAAAUUCUGAGAAAAACUCAGAAAUCUAAGAUUAAAGUCAGAAUUCUGACUUUUUUCUCAGAAUAAUAAAAAAAUAUAUAUUGGACCUUUUUUUCCCCAGUGGCCCUAAUCCUCUUCUGUACAUUACAAUAUUAUUUUUUAAAAAAAGUAUAUAUAUUGCUCAUUGUUGAGGUAGACAUUUUUGUGUGACAUAAAUAUAAUGAUGUCAAAAUAACAUUGGUUAAACAAUAAUGAAGGAUCUUAAGUGUAAUUUAGCAAAAUAUGGUAAACCUCUCAGGGGAUUAAUUUCAGUUUUCACUUGAUUUUAGGAAAACCCUGACGAUAAAACCUUAAGUUUACUAUAAAGUACUGAUAAUGUAUGAUACAGCUGCAGAAUGCAAACAAUAUUUAUACUAUUGAUACGUAUGAAAACAACUUAAUUAUUAUUUUCUGUAUGAAACUAAAUCCUGACUGUCUGUAGUAGGACAUGUCUUUACUUCGGUGGAUUGUUACUGCAUUAAUAUUGUCAAGAUAUGGAUAAUUAUCUGUUUUCUAAAGUAAAACUGAUUUUUAGAACAGUUUAUAGGCGUCUCCAUGAAGCUUCUGGCAGCAAAUGGUAUAUAAUUUGUUUCCCAUAUUAACUGCUCUUGGUUUAGUUAUGCUACAAUAAGGCACAUUUGGAAAAUUCAGACGACAUAGGAAAAUGAAACUGGCUCACGUGGUAUACUGUUCAGCAUUAGUCUGGAUGAAGUGGGACAAAUGGGCUCCUUAAACGUGUUGCAGCACAAAGACACCUCUGUUCCAGGAAUUCUGCAGGUCAUUAAGUGAAAAAAAAGAUUUUUGGCCUGGAAAUGUCUUUCUUGUUUGACAGGUCAUAAACAUUGAUUGGAUUUAAUUCUUGUUCUGUUGAAAAUAAUGAACUUGAAUCCCAUAGAUUACCUGUUACAAGCAAACAUUAGGAAAAAAAUGCUAACAGUGGCUGUUUCACUUGGUCCAAAAAGCGAAAAAGUGCACAAAUUGAUAAUGUAGGUAACGUGUAGGACAAAUCAGGUUCUUGUUGAGGAAAGUGCUGAAUCAAAUGACACCAAAAAAGGCUGAAAGACUGUAGCAAAAAUGUACAAUGUAGAGAACAGGUACAAAGCACUAAUUAUAAAGAUGACCAAAACAAUUCAGAAACAUAAUGGCAUUAGAGUAGCACGGGACGUUACAGAAAACCAGCAUAAAUACAGUGUAAACUUUAGGAGAUUCGCCAAAGUCUAGUUAAAUAGGUCUAAAACUGUGUUCAAAAGUACGUAAAUGUAACUAUAGCUGCACCAGUUCAUAGAGUAGUCAACUAUAAAAUUAUUUACGAGUUAUUUUGAUUAUUUGACUAAUUGGUUUAGGUUAGAAAAGGCCAAAUUAUGGGUCUAUUAUUGUAGAAGAGUUGUGUUUUUGUGAUUAGAGUUGGGUGACACAGCCAAAACAACUAGGAUUUUAAGCUUUAGGAUUAAUAUAUUACACAAUUAAUAUAUAAUAAGAGGCAAACAGGUUGCAUAUUGAACUUUUGUUGAGUAAGAAAUGUGCCCAGAGGAAUAAUCUUAGGAUUUUUUUUUUUUUUUUACAAUUUUCAGACAGAAAAACAUUGAUCGAGUUAAUUCAAUGUUAUUCAGUCCUAGUUGUAAUCAAGUUGAAAUAUUUGCACAAAAAAAUGUAAAUCUUAAUGGAUAUUUUCAAGUAUAUUGAGAUUUGUAAACAUGUACAGAGAUAGUAGUGGCAGAAAGUUCCAGUAUUUUGCACUAAGAGCUCAGUCAGUCCAUUUUUUUUUUUUUUAAAUAUCUCUAUAUAUUAUCAGAAUUCUGCCAUCACAUUAACAAAUCUCAGUACACGAUUGGACAUUUUUCACAUAUUUACAAAUGUGACAACUCUGUACACUCAGAUCCAAAUAAUAAAGCUCUAAAAUUAAACUCUUAUGAGCUAUUUUUGUUAUCAUUAUAUUUGUCCAAACAAGUGUACCUUUAGUUGUACCAGGCAUUAAAAUGAACAAGAAAUUGAAGAAAACAAGGACAGUCUAAUAAUAUUUUCCACAACUGUACAAAAUAAUCUCAUUCCAGCCACUUAAUUGUGAAUAUUUUCUAUUAUUACUCCUCUAUAAUUCAAUAACUGUUGAAUUUUCCACCACACAAACACAUUUGAGGAUGUCAUCACGGGCUUUGGGAAAUGCUGAUCAAUAUUUUUCACCAUUUUCUGACAUUUUAUAAACCAAACAACUUAUGAAGGACAUUAAUUGACAGUGAAAAUCACCAUGAGUUGCAUUAUUUGCCCUGAACCUGCAGAAACCCUGUCUUGAAUGUCUCGGCUGCACUCGGUGGUUCAUGUUUGAUGCUUUUGCUGCUGGCUUUAAAUACACAUUUUGCUGUAACGAAUAAAUCACUAGUGCCUUCACAACGAUAACAUAUCUGAGGUUACAUCUUACUACUUUACAGGGUUGUAUUCGGUAAGCUUUUAUAGUAUUGUUACAUGCAGUAUGUGCUUGUGCUCGUGUCCACAAACAGGCGUCUGUUCAUAUAUUAUGUUACAAUCAGACACUGAGUGCCAACAGGGUGGAUUUUUCCACACAGGGAAGCACAAUCAACUCUGUGUUACAUCAUAUUGGGAACAAGUCUGAGUUUUAGCUCAUGUUUCGGUGUCAGAAAACUGCAAAGACGAUCUACCGCACCCAGCUGGUACUUCAUAUGUUUGUACCCGAACAUAAAGUCUGACCCAAACCCUUAAAACCCUGUGACGUAAAUCUAUUUUGAAUGUACAGAACCCAUUUUUGUAAAUACAUAUAUCAAUGCUUAUGAGACUCUGUUUGCAUUUUCAUAACAAAUAAAGAUUUUAUUUGUGAAUUUGA